UGCCUGUCAGGAGAGUUUUAAUAGAUGAAAUAAUAGUAGAGUACGGCGACUAUGUAGUAGUAUAUGCUAUAUAGUACUAAUACCACAAUACAAACAGUUUUACCUGUGGGCUCUGGGUGUGCGUGAGGGUCCCAUUGAAGUAAACAAGGUCUAGGGUUGGUUUUUUUGUUUUUUUUGUUUUUUUUUUGGGUAGUCAAAGAUUAUAGAGGACAGAAAUGCAGCAGCAAUCACCAGAUAUGUUGAAUAAUGGUGCACCUUCAAUUCCUGCAAAUACUAAUAUCACCACUGAGCAGAUUCAGAAGUACCUGGACGAGAAUAGAGACUUGAUUCUGGCAAUAAUGGAAAAUCAAAAUGUGGGAAAAUUUGCCGAGUGUGCCCAGUAUCAAGCCCGACUUCAGGAUAACUUAACAUAUCUAGCUAAAAUCGCUGAUUCCCAUCCACAGCCACCAGUGCCUUCUCAGAUGCCCUCUCAAUCCACAGGGCAACAAGGGCUUUUCAUGCAGCAUCCCCAGGCAACAAUGUCUCAGCAGCAACCAGGUCUUUUCACCCCAAAGUUGCCUUUCCAGUUGAAUGAUCAGCAUCAGCAUCAGCGUCAGCAGCAACAACAAUCACACUACCUCCAGCAACAGCAACAGCAACAACAACAACAACACUACCUCCAGCAACAGCAACAACAACAACACUACCUCCAGCAACAGCAACAGCAACAGCAACAACAACAGCAACAGCAACAGCAAUUCUUCCAAGGGCAGAUGGGUCUGAGACCAGGGGGAAUGUAUCAGGCCAUGCAGGGAAGCAAUUUGUUUGGUAUGCAGGGAAGCAAACAAGAUAUCUCAGAGGCUGGUGCUGGAGAUUUUCUCGGAAAGUUGGCUUCCAGACGUGAUGAAGGCACAGAUUCGUAAGCAAGACGGAUCUGGUCAUUUACAGUUUUUCGUUUUCUCUGCAUUUACCCGCUUUGGGCUGCUACUCUAGCCAUCCCAGUACAUGUGCCGAAGUCUUUUCCUCUCAACACUCAAGAAGUGGUUGAAGUAUGUUGCACAAUCAUGCUUUUGGCGUAAUCUUGUUUGUCAAUUACAAAUUUGGGGCAAAGCGUUUUCACUUAUAGAUGACAAACUUUUUUA